AUGAUGCAGCCAGCUGAACCUGCAGACCUCUUGAAGGUGUUAGAUUUUCAUAAUUUACCUGAUGGUAUCACAAAAACCACGGGGUUUUGCACAAGCAGAAGAUCUUCAAAAGAAGCAGAUGUUGCUUACAGAGUAACAAAAGAUGCUCAGCUCAGUGCCCCAACAAAGCAGCUGUACCCUGCUUCCCCCUUCCCAGAGGACUUCUCCAUUCUAACCACUGUAAAAGCGAAGAAAGGAGGUCAGUCCUUCUUGAUCUCAAUUUACAAUGAGCAAGGGAUCCAGCAAAUUGGUGUGGAGUUGGGUAGAUCUCCUGUAUUCCUGUAUGAAGACCAUACAGGAAAGCCAGGCCCAGAAGACUAUCCUCUCUUUAGAGGCAUUAACCUAGCAGAUGGCAAGUGGCACCGAGUGGCUCUGAGUGUGCAGAAGAAAAAUGUCACCUUGGUUCUGGACUGUAAAAAGAAAAUCACCAAGUUCCUGGACCGGAGCGAGCAUCCCAUCAUCGACGUCAACGGCAUCAUCGUGUUCGGCACCAGGAUUUUGGAUGAGGAGGUUUUUGAGGGUGACAUCCAGCAGCUCCUGAUCGUGGCGGACCCGCGGGCGGCCCUGGAGUACUGUGAGCACUACAGCCCCGACUGUGACACCGCCAUCCCCGACUCCCCCCAGUCCCAGGACCCCAACCAGGAUGAAUACUACACGGAUGCGGAGGGAGAAGGUGACACUUACUACUACGAGUACCCCUACUACGAGGAUGUGGAUGAAGCUGUCAAACCAGAAACCCCCACCACCAAACCCAGCCCUCCUGAGGUGGCUGCUGGAGAGAGACCCGAAACCAAGCAGGAUUAUCCAGCUCCUACUGCACCCCCUGAGAGAGGGAACCCCGGGAAGCAGCCCAAGGAGGAUGGAGCAGUGGAUGAUCCCCUGGUUGAUGAGUACAACUACGAGACCAUCAACGAGGAGUAUUUCACCCCCAUGCCCUACGAGGAUCUCAACUACAACGAGGAAAUCGACCCCCAGGGUGGCCUCACUGAAAAUGCAGUGGAAGCUGAACUCCCCACGAGCACUGUCGUCACCUACAAUGAGACUGAUGCUGCUCAAGGAGGGGAUGACCUGGAUAAGGAUUUCACUGAGGAAACCAUAAAGGAGUAUGAUGGGAAUUAUUAUGACAAUUAUUACGACAGGACAGCCUCUCCUGACAUCGGCCCAGGCAUGCCAGCCAACCAGGACACUGUCUACGGAGGGAUCGGUGGCCCCCGUGGUGAGAAGGGGCAGAAGGGGGAGCCUGCCAUUAUCGAGCCGGGAAUGCUGGUGGAAGGCCCCCCUGGUCCUGAAGGCCCAGCAGGCCUUCCAGGGCCUCCAGGACCAACAGGACCUGUGGGUUUAAUGGGUGACCCGGGGGAGAGGGGCCCACCUGGACGCCCAGGUCUCCCAGGAGCAGAUGGAUUGCCAGGACCACCAGGGACAAUGCUGAUGUUGCCUUUCCGCUUCAGCGGGGGAGGCGACGCUGGCUCCAAAGGACCCAUGGUGUCAGCCCAGGAGGCGCAGGCCCAGGCCAUCCUGCAGCAGGCCAGGCUGGCACUGAGGGGACCUGCAGGACCCAUGGGGCUGACAGGGCGGCCAGGCCCGAUGGGACCCCCGGGCAGUGGAGGACUGAAGGGAGAGGCUGGAGAAAUGGGACCUCAGGGUCCACGAGGCAUCCAGGGUCCUCCCGGUCCAGCAGGGAAGCCAGGCCGCAGGGGACGAGCUGGCAGUGACGGUGCCCGGGGAAUGCCAGGCCAGACAGGACCAAAGGGUGACCGAGGCUUUGAUGGCUUGGCUGGUUUGCCUGGUGAGAAGGGAAACAGGGGUGAGCCAGGCCCCCACGGCCCCCCAGGGGCUCCUGGAGAGGAUGGGGAGAGGGGAGAUGAUGGAGAAGUUGGACCCAGAGGUCUCCCAGGAGAACCUGGACCCCGAGGACUGCUGGGCCCCAAGGGACCCCCAGGACCCCCAGGGCCACCGGGUGUGGCUGGCAUGGAUGGACAAACUGGUCCCAAAGGGAAUGUGGGCCCCCAGGGUGAGCCAGGACCCCCAGGACAGCAGGGGAACCCAGGGGCUCAGGGUCUUCCAGGUCCACAAGGCGCCAUCGGUCCCCCAGGAGAAAAAGGCCCCCUGGGCAAACCUGGUCUGCCUGGCAUGCCUGGUGCUGAUGGGCCCCCGGGUCAUCCUGGCAAGGAAGGUCCUCCUGGAGAGAAGGGCAGUCAGGGUCCCCCAGGUCCUCAGGGCCCCAUUGGUUAUCCAGGACCUCGUGGAGUCAAGGGAGCAGAUGGAGUUCGUGGGUUGAAAGGCACCAAGGGGGAAAAGGGUGAAGAUGGUUUCCCUGGCUUCAAGGGUGACAUGGGCAUCAAAGGAGACCGGGGGGAAAUUGGCCCCCCUGGCCCUCGGGGUGAGGAUGGACCCGAAGGUCCCAAAGGUCGCUCUGGCCCCAAUGGAGAUCCGGGUCCUCUUGGGCCUGCAGGAGAGAAGGGAAAACUCGGAGUGCCAGGACUGCCAGGAUACCCGGGCAGGCAGGGCCCCAAGGGCUCCAUCGGCUUCCCGGGGUUUCCAGGAGCCAACGGGGAGAAGGGCACACGGGGCACUCCUGGCAAACCAGGUCCGAGGGGGCAGCGUGGCCCGACGGGUCCACGAGGGGAAAGAGGCCCCAGGGGAAGCACUGGGAAACCUGGCCCAAAGGGCAACUCUGGUGGUGAUGGCCCCCCUGGUCCUCCUGGAGAAAGGGGACCACCAGGACCUCAAGGACCAACUGGAUUUCCUGGACCAAAAGGCCCCCCUGGUCCUCCUGGGAAGGAUGGAUUGCCUGGGCACCCUGGACAGAGAGGAGAAACUGGUUUCCAAGGCAAGACCGGCCCUCCAGGCCCCCCUGGUGUUGUGGGCCCUCAGGGUCCAACUGGUGAGACUGGACCCAUGGGCGAGCGGGGCCACCCAGGCCCUCCAGGGCCCCCAGGUGAACAAGGCCUUCCUGGCCUCACUGGAAAAGAAGGGACCAAGGGGGACCCUGGCCCCGCCGGCCUCCCGGGGAAGGACGGUCCCCCCGGGCUGCGAGGAUUCCCUGGAGAACGAGGCCUCCCCGGCCCCAUUGGCUCUCCAGGGCUGAAAGGCAAUGAAGGUCCCCCAGGCCCUCCAGGCCCAGCUGGCUCUCCUGGGGAGCGUGGCCCUGCAGGAUCAGCUGGCCCCAUAGGAUUGCCAGGGAGACCUGGCCCCCAGGGACCUCCAGGACCUGCAGGUGAAAAGGGAGCUCCAGGGGAGAAGGGUCCCCAGGGACCAGCUGGCCGGGAUGGCAUCCAGGGCCCCGUGGGACUGCCAGGCCCAGCAGGUCCUGUGGGACCUCCUGGAGAGGAUGGAGACAAGGGUGAGAUCGGGGAGCCUGGACAGAAGGGCAGCAAAGGUGACAAAGGGGAGCAGGGUCCCCCAGGCCCCACGGGUCCCCAGGGUCCAAUUGGUCAGCCUGGCCCAGCUGGAGCUGAUGGAGAGCCUGGGCCCCGAGGCCAGCAAGGGCUCUUUGGUCAGAAAGGUGACGAAGGACCUCGAGGUUUCCCCGGUCCCCCCGGCCCCGUGGGCUUGCAGGGCCUGCCUGGACCACCUGGGGAGAAGGGAGAAACAGGUGACGUUGGGCAGAUGGGUCCACCAGGCCCACCAGGACCCAGAGGUCCAUCUGGGCCACCAGGAGCAGAUGGUCCACAGGGUCCUCCUGGGGGAAUAGGAAAUCCUGGAGCAGUAGGAGAGAAGGGUGAACCUGGGGAAUCUGGUGAGCCUGGUCUCCCUGGCGAGGUUGGCCUGCCGGGCCCUAAAGGUGAAAGAGGUGAAAAGGGGGAAGCAGGUCCCUCUGGUGCUGCUGGUCCACCUGGCCCCAAAGGCCCACCAGGUGAUGAUGGCCCCAAAGGCAGCCCUGGUCCAGUUGGUUUCCCUGGUGACCCUGGUCCUCCUGGAGAGCCUGGCCCAGCUGGUCAAGAUGGUCCCCCUGGUGACAAAGGUGAUGAUGGUGAACCUGGACAGACUGGUUCCCCUGGACCCACAGGAGAGCCAGGCCCCUCUGGACCCCCUGGAAAAAGGGGCCCUCCUGGUCCAGCUGGUCCUGAAGGAAGGCAAGGAGAGAAAGGAGCCAAGGGGGAAGCUGGUUUGGAAGGACCUCCUGGGAAGACUGGGCCCAUUGGUCCCCAAGGUGCUCCAGGAAAGCCUGGCCCCGAUGGCCUCCGUGGGAUCCCUGGUCCAGUUGGUGAACAAGGUCUCCCGGGAUCCCCUGGCCCAGAUGGUCCUCCAGGCCCAAUGGGCCCUCCUGGUUUGCCUGGUCUGAAAGGAGACUCUGGUCCUAAAGGAGAGAAGGGUCACCCAGGUUUAAUUGGUCUUAUUGGACCACCAGGAGAGCAGGGAGAAAAAGGUGACAGAGGUCUCCCAGGUCCCCAGGGCUCAGCAGGACCCAAAGGAGAGCAGGGUAUCACAGGUCCUUCUGGACCCAUCGGACCUCCAGGGCCCCCAGGAUUGCCGGGUCCACCUGGUCCCAAAGGUGCUAAAGGCUCAUCAGGUCCCACAGGUCCAAAGGGUGAAUCAGGUCUUCCUGGGCCCCCAGGACCUCCUGGUCCUCCUGGAGAAGUCAUCCAGCCCCUGCCCAUCCAGGCUGCCAAGAGGACCAGGAGGAACAUUGAUGCCAGCCAGCUGCUGGAUGAUGGCAAUGCUGACAACUACAUGGACUAUGCUGAUGGCAUGGAGGAGAUUUUUGGCUCCCUGAAUUCCUUGAAACUGGAAAUCGAGCAGAUGAAACAUCCCUUGGGCACUCAGCACAACCCAGCACGCACCUGCAAGGACCUGCAGCUCUGCCACCCUGAUUUCCCAGAUGGUGAAUACUGGGUUGAUCCCAACCAAGGGUGUUCCAGGGACUCUUUCAAAGUUUACUGUAAUUUCACAGCUGGAGGAGAGACCUGCAUCUUCCCUGAUAAGAAAUCUGAAGGGAGUAAAAUGGCUCGUUGGCCCAAAGAGCAGCCUUCCACAUGGUAUAGUCAAUACAAGCGGGGGUCCUUGCUCUCGUACGUGGACUCGGACGGGAACCCCAUCGGGGUGGUGCAGAUGACCUUCCUGCGGCUGCUGAGCGCCUCUGCCCGCCAGAACAUCACCUACAACUGCUACCAGUCGGUGGCCUGGCACGAUGCCACCACCAACAGCUAUGACAAGGCCAUCCGCUUCCUGGGCUCCAACGACGAGGAGAUGUCCUACGACAACAACCCCUACAUCCGAGCUGCCCUCGACGGCUGCGCGGCAAGGAAGGGCUACCAGAAAACCAUCCUGGAAAUCAACACGCCCAAAGUGGAGCAGGUCCCCAUAGUCGACAUCAUGUUCAAUGACUUCGGAGAAGCGGCACAGAAAUUUGGAUUCGAGGUGGGACCAGCUUGCUUCCUGGGCUAAAAGAGCCACCUGAACCUAGUCUCCAAAUGAGCAACCUCGUAACCUCAUUGCGCCAUUUAAUUAAAAACAAAAAAAGAGAAAAAAGAAAAAAAAAAGGAGAAAAAAAAGAAUUCCUCGUCACGUGCACAGUCUGAAACUGGACAGCGAUGGGUUAUUAUUUUUUUUCCCCCCUCCUCCCCACCUAUUUUGUUGUGUCCCAGCCCCUCUGUGCCCCCUCAGCCAUUCCCAGGAUGGAUAUGGAAUCUCAUGACCAGCAGCCACACACGGAGACCUGGCCCUGUCCCUGCUGCCACCGAGCUGAGCCCACCUCCAGCAAACUCUUCCUUUCUUCCUCCUCCUCUUCUUCUCGCCAGGAAGCGUUUGUUUGUUCCUAAGGAAAUAUUAAAAAAAAUGGAAAAAACUUGAAAUUCCUCGUUGAAGUCCCGGCAAUCCUGGAUCUGAAGCUCCUUGGAGGUUUUGUUGCCUUCCACAAGGUUUGGAUCAGCUCCAGCAAGGAGAUGCCACAGCCAAUUCCAGAAUUUUCCGUGUUUCCUCCACUGAGUUUGCCUCAUUCCACGUUUUCCAAAGUGCUGACUCAAGGUCACACUGGGCAUCUCUUUGCCAGUGUCUUAAAGGUGCUUCUAUUUUUGUAUGUUUGUGAGUAAAUAUUUGUGUCGUGUUUUUAUUUGAAAUGUUGGAACGUUUCUGCCUUCAAACCAUGCAAGUGACCUUGUCUGUAUUAAAGCCACCCCAUCCCAGCCAAGCUUCCCGCUGGGGAUGAAGACAGCAGCUCCUGUCCCCACUUCUGCCUCUUCCCAGUCCCAAACUGGGAUCUGGAGGCCUUGGAAUGACCCCCAGGAUGAGCCACAGAUGCCUUUUGGAAUGAUUCCAUUGAAAAUGAGGAAAUUAAAGCCACUUUUUAACAAAUUUCCUACAAAUCCCCUGAUCUAAAAGCAUGAUCUGCAUUGAGCCUCUGCCUUUUCAUCCACUUGCUUAUUUUAAAUUCAUUAUUCUUUCUUUUUUUUCUUUCAGCAUUCCUUUAAAAUGAUAAGAAUUAAACCUGAAUCCAUUCCCAGUGGCAGAUUCCAGUGGCAGGGGAAAUCCAAUUGUCCUCUCUGAAUA